CCCUCUCAGUUUAGGAGGCCAGUCUUCAGCAGAGAGUAUUUACUAUUUAAGACUGUGAGGGGUCCAACUUGCGGUUUCUUUUCUUUCGGUCUCACUUGCUGGAUUCGAUGGCAACACUUCCAAUAGUGCAAUAUGAAGAAAAGAUCAUUGAAACUGUUGAGCGCAAUCCCGUCGUUGUUGUCAUCGGAGAAACCGGUUCCGGAAAGAGCACCCAGCUCUCUCAGAUGCUCUACCGCCGCGGCUACGCCGAUUCCGCCAGAAUCGCCAUCACUCAGCCCCGCCGUGUCGCUGCGGUCACCGUCGCAAGGCGCGUUGCGCAGGAGCUUGGCGUUCAGCUUGGAGAGGAAGUUGGAUAUGCCAUUCGAUUCGAGGAUAGAACUUCACACCGCACGCGCAUAAAAUAUCUUACCGACGGGGUUCUGCUCCGCGAGAGUCUGGUGAAUCCUGAGCUGAAUGAGUAUUCUGUCAUCAUAUUGGACGAAGCUCAUGAACGGAGCUUGAACACGGAUAUAUUGAUGGGGCUGAUGAAACGCUUGGCUAAAAUUCGUACUUCCAAUCUCAAAGUCUUGAUCACAUCGGCCACUCUUGAUGGUGAUAAAGUUUCAAAUUUCUUUAGGGACUGUCCUGUGUUGACCAUCCCAGGAAAACUGUACCCGGUUGAGAUACUUUAUAGCAAGGAGCGUCCGUCAAGCUAUCUUGAGUCUUCUCUGAAAACGGCUAUUGAUAUACAUGUUCGUGAACCGGAAGGGGAUGUCUUGAUAUUCAUGACUGGACAGGAUGAUAUAGAGAAAUUGGUAUCUAAGUUAGAAGAUAAAGUUCGGUCUUUGGAGGAAGGUUCUUGCAUGGAUGCUAUAAUCCUCCCCCUACAUGGUUCCUUGCCACCUGAAUUGCAGGUGCGUGUAUUUAGUCCCCCACCUCCAAGCUGUAGGCGAAUUAUUGUUGCAACAAACAUUGCUGAAACUUCUUUGACUGUUGACGGUGUUGUGUAUGUUAUUGACUCUGGGUAUGUAAAGCAAAGGCAGUAUAAUCCAUCUACCGGCAUGUAUUCUCUUGAUAUUGUUCAAAUUAGCAAAGUGCAAGCAAAUCAGCGUGCAGGCCGAGCAGGACGAACCCGUCCUGGAAAAUGCUACCGUCUGUAUCCUUCCCAAGUUUACAAUGAUGAGUUCUUGGAUGUUACUGUUCCCGAAAUACAGAGAUCUUCUCUUGCUGGUAGUGUUCUUUACUUGAAGUCAUUGGACCUUCCAGAUAUUGACAUCCUGAAAUUUGAUUUUCUUGAUCCUCCUUCAUCUGAGUCCUUACAAGAUGCCUUGAAGCAAUUAUAUCUGAUUGAUGCUAUUGAUGAAAAUGGUGCAAUUACAAGUAUUGGACAGAAAAUGGCUGAGCUUCCAUUAGAACCUUCCUUAUCACGAACCUUGAUGGAGGCAAAUGAUUAUGGUUGCAUACCUGAGGCUUUGACUGUUGCUGCCAUGUUAUCAGCUGAAACUACAUUGCUACCAGGGCGGAGCAAAACUGAGAAAAAGAGGAAACACCCAGAGCCCAACCUUCCUGAUGGCUUUGGCUUGGGUGAUCACAUACAAUUGCUGCAGAUAUUUGAGUGCUGGGAUCAAACUGAUUAUGACAUUGGUUGGUGCAAAGACAAUGGCUUACAGGUGCGAGGGAUGCUGUUUGUUAGAGAUGUCCGUAAGCAGUUAUCUCAGAUAAUGCAGAAAAUAGCAAAAGGACCACUCGAUAGGAGAAGGGGAGAGUCUCGACAGGAUUAUCGAAAUUUGAGGAAGGCUCUAUGUGUGGGAUAUGCAAAUCAGCUGGCUGAAAGGAAAAUGCAUCACAAUGGUUAUCGAACUUUGGGUUUUCAAGGCCAAGUAGUCCAGGUACAUCCAUCGUCUGUUCUGAAAGCUGAUGAUCUGGGGAAGUUUCCAGACUAUGUUGUGUACCAUGAGCUAAUUGCAACUCCACGUCCAUACAUGAGAAAUGUAUGUUCUGUUGAGAUGAGAUGGGUUGUACCUGUUAUUAACAAGCUUAAGACACUUGACGUAUACAAACUAAGUGGUGGAACUGGUCCUGUUGAGGAGGAGAACGAGAGAAAUGUACCAGAUUUGCCGAAAAAAAAUGUUGAAGUUACUGCUGGUGUUGAUGACAGUGAAAGUAGAAUCCAAGCGGCUAGAGAACGAUUUCUUGCUCGUAAAGGCAAGAAAUGAGCGAAGUGAGAUGAUGAUCGGUGCUAAAAUUUCUGAAAGGACACUGGACCAAGAUAAAAUGAGACUUCAAUGUUGUUACCAUUUCUAUUUUGUGCUCUGAUGUUAACAUUGGAAAUUUGACCAAGAACAAGUGAUGUUGGGCUUGGUAUGGCUAUGAAAGUUGUGAGUGGCUGAAAAAGUAUAUAUACUUUUGUUCACCAUGUAUAAUAUUAAUUAUCAUGUCAUGAUCUUGGGCACUGAAAUGUUCCCAAAGUUGGGGAAGAAAAGAAGAAAUAGGACGGGAAAGGGAGUCAACAAACUCCAUAUCCUUUUGACAAGUAAUUGAACAACUAGCAGGGAUUUUGGAAUGCAACUGUAACUACAGACGUCAUGUUGAUAACUGGAUAUAGUUAAUUUUUAAUGGCACUUCUACAAGAAAGUUCUAAUUUUUAUUUGUGAUAUUGAAACA